AUGUCCUACGGAGACUUAGUUGAUGAAGUGUUAAUUCAUUUAACACUUGUAAUCGACUAUAUUACAUAUGCAUAUAAUACACUCGUUUCGAUAAUUUUAAUUAAAUUUCUUAAUCAAUCACCAUUACAUGUUCAUAAUUCAACAUCAAGUUAUCAUCCAGCAGUUUUAGUUACGGGAACUUCUUCUGGAAUCGGACGAGAUGUCGCAUUAACUUUGGCCAAACAAGGUUAUACAGUGUUUGCAACGGUUCGUAGGGAAGUUGAUGCCGAGGAAUUGAAGAAUCGAUUUGCAGAACUUGAUAAUGCUAUGAAUGGAAAAUUAAUACCUUUAAUAAUGGACGUAACUAAUAAAGAUGAUAUUCAAAAAGCUUACGAUUCGGUUCGUACAACGAUAGGAAGAGAGAUUCCUUUUGUUGGAUUGGUUAACAAUGCCGCGUUGAUUUUUUACGUUCCACUGGAGAUCGCAUCAGAAAGUUGUUAUGAGGAUAGUUUUAAUACUAAUUAUUUUAGUAUUAUUAAUUUAACAAAGAAGUUUUUACCUUUAUUAAGGGAAAGCAGGGGCAGGGUUGUUAACAUCGGUAGCAUCGCAUCUUGGGGUCCUGCUCCUUCUAUGGGAAUUUAUUCAGCAACUAAAGCCGCUAUUAGAGCAAUUACACAAGUAUGGAGAAUGGAGACUAGAUCUAUGGGCAUACAUUUUUCGCUCGUCGAACCUGGUGUUGUUUCUACCAGAUUUACCGAAAGUCAAAUGAAAGCAUAUCGGGCAUCGAUGAUUCCACCUGCUGUUGUGAGCGAUGCUAUCGUACAUGCUUUAACCGCUCCUUAUCCUAAAAAUACUUAUUAUGUUGGUUUAGAUGCUCGGUUGAUUGCUGUUGCAAGUUGGUUUUUUGGUGAUAGAAUUAUUGAAGCUGUUCAAUCUAAAGCUUUAGCCGUUCCUAAUGACAUGAUUACCGUUAUGUAA